CGUGACGCCGUGACCGCCAGCAAGCAUUUCUCUGAAGAUGGCAAUGAUAAGUGCUUACGUAACGGUAGCCGCUCUCUGUUUUGCUACCGCGCAGGCGCAAGUCUUCUACCGAGGUUCUUGUCCCCCCACGCCCAUCAUCAAAGACUUCGACUGGCAACGAUACCUAGGGAAAUGGUAUGAACAGGAAAAGUACCCCGUUGCAUACCAAGCCGUCGGGCGGUGCUGGACUGGGACAUACAUCAAGGACAAGUAUUCAGGGGAAAUCUCUGUACGUCUGGAUUUUAAGGACAUUGUGCUGAACCGCCCGCGGAUUCUCACGGUGGACAUAGGCAGAAAGAAGCCGUACGCGGAGCCCAACCGCCUCUUCUACACGCUGCCCAACGUGCCGCUCUUCGAGGAUGAGUACGAGAUCCUGGCGACCGACUACGACAACUGGACGCUCGAGUACGACUGCCAGAACCAGCCGAUCGGCCACACCAAGAUCGCCUGGAUCCUGACUCGCUCACCGCGGCCGACCUACGAAGUAAUCCACGAGGCAAAGACCACACUCGCCCGCCUCGGCAUCGACACCGGCCGCCUCGAGAGAUCGGACACAUCAUGCUUUACGUAAAGGGCAUUGAGACAUAGCUGUUAUGAUUUCUUUGAAUUUAUGUGUGGUUAUACUAUGUAUACGUAAACGUAAUAUCUAUAUCUACAUCCUUUUCUCUCUCUCUCUCUCUCUCUCUCUCUCUC